AUGGGUUUUGGUGGUUCCUCCUUUUCCUUCUCAUCUUCUUCUUCAACCUUUUCUUUGCAACACACAGUUCUACCCUUAAAGAGAAGAAAUUGCUACUUACAAACCUGCUUUUCUGUAUCUUAUCACAAGUUUGUUGAUUUUGCUUUGGAUGAAACCAAUCUCCAUACUCACUUGCUCCCUUCUCCUUUACAGGAAAAGUAUAAUUCCAUGAAUUCUUCGGAUGGUAAAGGAACACUUAGUAUGCUAUCAUUUGAAGCUGCCAAGAUUAGGCUUCUGCGUAGCUUGAUCAUCGAGACAGAAAAAAUGCAGGUUUUGGACUUUGCUGUCUUUCCAAAAGCCGAGUGUGAUGUCCCCAUAUUUUGUGCCAACUUUUUCACGUCAGCUAAAACAAAUAUCAUUGUGUUGGACCUUAACCCCUUGCAUGAUAUCAUCAAUCAGGAGGAUUACAAGGAAAAGUACUUCAAAAGCUUAAUUCCUCUUGGCCUGAAAUAUGCUGAGCAUUUUCCAUGGGGAGGAAAGCUCACAAGUGAGUCUAUUAAAUUUUUUUCACCGAUUGUCAUUUGGACAAGGUUUACUUCAAGCCCACAAAAUUAUGAUAUUCUGUAUUCGGCUUUCAGAGAUUAUUAUAAGAUAUGGUUGGAAUUGAUAGAUACAGCAGUAGAAGAGACAGAUAAAUAUCAAAUUUCCCGCAAUCUUGAAGCACAACAUAGAUAUCUGACAUGGAGAACUGAAAAGGAUCCGGGACAUGCUGUUUUGAAGAAGCUGAUCGGGGACAUACUUGCAAAGGAUUUAUUAAGUGGCUUUCUCUUUAACGGAGUCGAUGAACUAGGAAGCAAAACAUUCAAUGACUAUUUUCCACAGUACCUUGGUGAGGAAGGAACUUUAAAUAAGAAAGGCGGUGUUGUUGGAAAGUCUUUUGAAAAUCGUCCGUGGGAUGCAAGAGGAAAUUUCCUUGGUCAAUGA